UCAUCCUCCAUCACCAUAAAACCAAAGAGCUCCAGCCUUGUUUUAUCCAAUCUUGAAAGAAACACACCUCUCUACUUUCUUCACAUGGCUUCCCACAACCUCAAAAUCCAUGAACAGUGCACUGUUGCUCCUCCCUCUGCACCCCAAACAUCCCUCCCUCUCGUAUUCUUCGACCUGUUAUGGCUCAGGUUUCAUCCUAUAGAACGCAUCUUCUUCUAUUCCCUUCCUGUAACCCAUUCAAACCCAUCCAUCUUCUUCGCCCAAGUUGUUCCAAAGCUCAAAACUUCACUCUCUCACACCCUCCAACACUUUUCCCCUCUCGCCGGCAACGUCCUGUGGCCCAAUGGCUCUUCCAACCCCGUCGUUCAGUACACCCCAGGCGACGCUGUUUCAGUGGUGCUUGCAGAAUCCGAAGCCGACUUCGACCACGCGUUGGACAACGCACCUAAAGACGCAUCAGAGUCACGUUUUUUGGUGCCUCACUUGGAAUCCUCUGAUUCUCAUGCCUCUGUUAUGGCUCUCCAAAUCACUCUGUUCCCUAACAGAGGGUUCGCCAUAGGAAUCAGCACUCACCACGCCGUCCUCGACGGAAAAUCUUCAACUAUCUUCAUCAAAGCUUGGGCUUCUCUGUGCAAAACCAAUGAUGAUUACUCUGAGUCAUCACCAUCUUUGGCUCCAGAAUUGGAGCCUUUCUUUGACAGAACAGUCAUCAAAAGCCCGAGUGAGUUAGGGUUCAACGUAUCACUCGAUAUUGCUGAGCUCGCAACCAAAAAUAUACCAGGUGAAAACAGCGACAGCAGAUGCUUGAAGCUUCUACCUUUCCCUCCAAGAUUGGAGGAUGAGGUUCGAGGGACAUUCGUGCUAACGGGAGCAGAUUUGGAGAGAUUAAAGAAUAGGGUGCUGUCCAAGUGGGACAGUGUAGACAUAGUUGAAGCAGAAUCAAACUCAAACUCAAACUCAACGAUUUGUUCAAAACAAACCAAAGUGUCGACUUUUGUUGUAACUUGCGCUUAUGCUUUUGUUUGCAUUGCCAAAGCCUGGAACGGAGUUGAAAAGGAGAAAAAUAAGUUUGCUUGUGUGUUCACUGUGGAUUGCAGGGCCAGGUUGGAGCCUCCAAUUCCUGAAAACUACUUUGGGAACUGUGUAUGGGGGAAGAUGGUGGUUGAUAAGCCAUCGGCAUUUAUAGAGAAAGAAGGGUUUGUUAUUAUUGCGAAAAGUAUUCAUAGUAAAAUAAAAGAGAUAUCAGAUAAGGGUGUUUUUCAUGAAGCAGAUCAAGUUGCUUCUCGAUAUGCAGCUAUGGCAGAACAGGGAGUUCAGAUGUUAGGAACUGCGGGGUCUAACCGUUUUGGGGUUUAUGAGAAUGAUUUUGGUUGGGGAAAGCCUUCAAAGGUGGAGAUAGCAUCGGUGGAUAGAGCCAUAACAAUUGGAUUGGCAGAGAACAGAGAUGAGAAAGUCGGUGUUGAAGUUGGGAUUGUUCUGAAGAGACCAGUGAUGGAACUAUUUGCCACUUUGUUUCGUGGAGGAUUGUCAGAUGAGUGAUUCAACAUGGCAUAUCUGAAAUUGAAGAAACUCCUCACAAACUUCCCCUUUUCUUCUUUAUCACAAAAUCAAAAGUCUUCUGCAUUUGCUUCAAAAAUUCUGUGAGUUUCGCCAUCAUAUAUUUACUUUUUUUCAA